AUGGUGUCUUUUAAGGACAUUACUGGUGCCUUGGGUACCAUCUUGGGCUACCUUGGAGCAGAAGUAGCAGAAGAAAGCACCUUUGAGCGAUUGCUAUGGCCGCAACGCUAUUACAACGACCUCAGCCCGAGGGUCUUCUUCCAGUUGGUUUUCCUAAUGCCAUCCGGUGGUCCGCUACAUCGCGCAGCUCUUCAAACCCUGAGCAAAUUCCAGGAGAAUGGCCUGUACCUGGGCAAGGCUCGUGGCAAUAUGCUUGGUAGUGCUUUCUACCGUCGCCAGCAUGUAUCUUAUUUUGCCAGAACCUUGGAAGGUGAGGGGAACAAAGCAAAAGAAUCGAGAAACGGAUUUCUCGUUGAGAUCUCGCGUUUGCUGAAGCACGGUCGUGCGGCAGAGAAGAACGACACGGAGAAAUAUACGUCUGCUCCGGGAACGUCGAAACGAGCUCACAUUCCUAUGCACCACAUAUCCCUUGAGUGCUACGAAGGACAGAGGCAGAUGCCCAAAGACGUCGCAAUUGUGUCUGAGGACCACCUCACAUGGAAGUGUUUCAUUGGUGUCAUCGCGAGCGAAUUGACCGCCGUGAUCGCAGCGGUGGUUGCAGGUAUCUAUACACACUCGACGUGGCUCAGCGUGUAUUUCAUCCUGCCAUUGUUGUUCAAGCUGGCUUCAUUCGCCACCAGCGUUCGACGAGAGUCCUUCAAGAUUGCUGGCGAGAGAGAAAGUAGAGUCGACACAAUAUUUGAGCUGGACGACCUCAAUCACGGGUUUGUGCUCAUCCAAGGACCUGAUUAUGCUGUGCGACAGUUCUGCCGUCAUUAUGGACAUCCAAUUCGUGGCAGAGACAUAACGGCAAACAGGUUGCGCGAGGUCAUGUCCAUGGCAUUGGUCUACCUGUUUGUCGGGUACUUUCCAGCUGGCCUGAUCGCGUUGUUAUGGCUAGACGACGAUGCUCAGACUCUGUGGUUGUCGUAUCAGCUCUACGUUGUUUUUGCCAUGCACGUUGGCCGGCUGCUGGGUCUGAACGGAGGUGGGCGGACUGAAGAACAUAUUGCGCGGCUCCUCAGGAGAAGUGAGCGAGUAUUGCUGUGCAGUUCCACAGGCCCAUCCAUCAGCAUCUAUGCCGAAACUGUGUGGCUGGAGAAUGUGGGAGAAGGAAGAAAAGUGAUAUCAAAGACGAUCGCCGCUCAUGGACGAUGUCGCAAGAGCGUCGAUGGCGGAAUAAAGGACGAAAUUAACGUGGGCGCUUCGGUUGCGGACAAUGUUGGGAACACGGAGAAAGCUUUGACGAGCACCCAGCCAUGA